AUGGCUCACAUCUUGGAUUUCAAGAAAAUAUGUCGCGCCUGUCUAUCUGAUGCUGGGCCUCUUAAGGAUUUGUUUACGGCCUGUUCUGCUGGAGUCUUUAAAUACUGCACUUCUGUGGAAAUCGCAGAUUCGGAUGCCCUGCCUAAAUUAAUAUGUCAAACAUGUUUGGAUUUAUUGAACAAACUGUACUACUUCAAGCAAGUUGUUGUGAGAUCCAACGUUAUACUGAAACAGCAAUGCAGAUUACUGAAUUUACAGACAAAACCUGAUCAGACAAGCGAAGGUAAUGAUAUAGUAGAAGUAAAUAUAACUGAACUCAAUGAAGAAGUCACAAUGCAUGAGAACAGUAUGAAUGAAGGUAUGGAUGGGACAGAGAAGACAGAAAAACCAUCGGCAGAUGCAAUAUUAAUUAGUCAAAUCCUGCAACGUCGCCGGCGACGCGGCCCCGGUCGUCCACCGAAGGAUCCAGACGGACCCAAGCGAAGACGGGAACGAAUGAAGUGUAUGAAAUGCGGCAAGAGCUUCCAGAAAUACGAAAACUUCGAGGCUCACAUGCGCGGACACUUCGGGAAGAAGCCAGAUAUAAAGUGCAAGCAUUGCGACAAGGCGUUCCUGUCACUCCGCAGUCUGAGCAGCCACUUGAGGAUACAUACAGCGGUACGCAAAUAUCAAUGCCUGAGCUGCGGCAAGAGCUUCGCAUAUUUGAAUGUGCUCAAAAAUCACGAGCUAAUACAUGCCGGUAUCAAGAAACACCAGUGUCAUAUAUGUGACGCUAAGUUCGUGCAGGCUUACAAUCUAAAGGUUUGUGUCAAGCGGCCCAGGGGUUCAACUCAGCUGAUGUUUUCAGGUACUGUUAGUGGUCGACUCGCUGGCUGGUCAAAGAUGCAUCUAGAGACUCACAAUAAUCAGAAGAAUUACAGCUGUUCUCAGUGCGGUAAGAAGUUUGCUCAGCCCGGGAACCUCAAGAUACAUCUCAUAAGGCACACUGGUAUCAAGAACUAUGCGUGUACCAUGUGUGAGAUGAGGUUUUAUAUUAAGGCUGAUCUGGUGAAGCAUAUGCGUUCACACUCCGCCGAGAAACCAUUCUCCUGUCAACUUUGUGAUAAAACUUUCAAAAGUAGAAGUUUUCAAGCGAUACAUAUGAGGACACAUACAGGAGAGCGUCCAUACGCCUGCGAUCUGUGCCCCAAGAAAUUCAUGGCUAGAAAAGACUUAAGAAACCAUCGGAUGAUUCACACUGGGGAGAAACCGCAUAAAUGCCAGCUGUGCAACCAGGCCUUCAUACAGAAAUGUGCACUGAACAGGCACAUGAAAGGUCACGGGAAGGCAAAUGAAGAUGCACAGAAUCUGAUCAGAGCACAAUUACCGCCUGUGAAUAACACACCGCUACAAAUGACAUACACACAGUGGCAUAACUGA